AUGUCGGACAUAAAUGAACAGGUGCUUGCUACUCAGGAGGCUUUGAAGAUGAUUCAGAAGAGUCUGGUUCAAAUGCACAUGGGUCAAGCCAAUGCUGGUGUGCAGACGUCGUACGAUGAAGACCAGAAGAAGAUAUUUGAGAAGCAUCAAAUGACGUCUUAUUCCAACAAUAGGCAUUAUGUGAGUCUUGCUGAGGAAUAUUUGGAUUUUACUUAUAAGAGUCCCACGGUGUACCAUAUUGUGGACUACUUUUCCAAGGAGUUAGACAGGGCUGGAUUCACGUACUUGAACGAAAAGGCGGUGUGGCCAAAAUUAAGGAGUGGUAAGUACUACACGAUUAGGAACGGCGGAACUUUGGCUGCGUUCAUAUUGGGCGAGCAUUGGGAUGUCAGUAAGGGUGUUGGUAUUAUUGCAUCGCAUGUUGAUUCGCUGACUGCCAAAUUGAAGCCUGCUUCAAAGAAGAGUACUGUAAAUGGGUAUGAGUUGCUUGGAGUAGCCCCCUACGGUGGUGCUUUGGGUAACGUGUGGUUUGACAGAGAUUUGGGUAUCGGAGGGAGAGUCUUGGUCAAGGACCUCAAUACUGGGAAGGUGGAAGCACGUCUUGUUGAUUCUACUCCUCAUCCAAUUGCUAGAAUCCCAACAUUAGCCCCUCACUUUGGUGAACCAUCUGUCGGGCCCUUUGACCUUGAAAACCAGGCUGUGCCUGUGAUUGGGUUCGUUGCCGGUGGUGAAUAUGGAGGCUGCGAGUCAGCUAACAGCUACGACGUGUUGGACGAGCAAAAGUCUCCGCUUUACGGAAAACAUUCCAUUCAUCUCUUGCGUUAUAUCGCUGAACUCGCUGACGUUAAGGUUUCUCAAUUGAUUCAAUUGGAGCUCGAACUCUUCGACGUGCAACAUGGUACUUUCGGCGGUCUCAAGAAAGAAUUUAUCUUUGCCCCCAGAGUGGACGACGUAAUAUGCUCUUUCUCCGCAAUACACUCUCUCAUUGGCUUCGCUAGCGAAGCAAACCUCCAUGAUGACUUCUUCAACGCCGUCGUCCUAUUCGACAACGAGGAAAUCGGCUCCCUCAGCAGACAAGGCGCUAAAGGCGGCUUGCUCUCCUCCGUCGUCGAAAGGGUCAUUUCCAACCUCCACCAACAGCCCUCCCUCUCCCGCACGGCGUUCGCAAACUCCUUGAUCCUCUCUUCUGAUGUCACCCAUCUCUUCAACCCCAACUUCCCCGAAGUCUACCUCGAACACCAUUCCCCACUUCCAAACGUCGGUCCCACAAUCCACUUAGACCCAAACGGCCACAUGGCCACAGGCCCCGUCGGCACCUGCAUCCUCGAGGAACUAGCUGCCAUCAACGAUGACAAGCUUCAGUACUUCCAAUGCAAAAACAACUCCCGCUCCGGCAGCACCAUAGGCCCCUCCAUCGCGGCACAAACGGGCGCCAGAACCAUCGACAUCGGAAUCCCUCAACUCUCCAUGCACAGCACCAGAGCCGUCGUUGGAUCCAGAGAUAUUGGCCUCGCCGUCAAGUUCUUCCGCGGAUUCUUCAGAAAUUGGCGACGCACCUACGACCAGUUUGGAGAUUUGUAA